GAAUUAAAAAUAAAAAUUUAGUUUUACUUCCUUUAUCAUCUUGAUAAGUGUCGGGUAACAAGAUCAAUAUGAAACCUUGUUAAUUACUGACCCAGCUGGUUUAACUUUCUAAAUAGUUGCCAAGUGCAGGUAUGAGCAACUUUAGACCAGAAGCUGUUGUCACUGCAUCCUGACUUAUUAAGAUUCAAACAAAUCUAUCUCUUCUGAAUGAAGCGUUCUCCUAUCUUUCCCACUUUUAAGAGUGGAUAUGAGAAUUGAGUCUUUGUUACAUUGAAACUACUUUGAAGCAUAAGAUAAAGGAUCACUGGACAAAAGUAUAACAAUGUAGAAUUUUUAUUGCAGCAACUUGGAUAUGCAGAAAUAAUUUAACCUCAGAACUGAUGGUUGUUUGCAAACAUUCUAAUUCAAUCAGUAAAUUAACUGAUUGUUAAUUGACAAUUGUAAAUAAUAAUUGAUAUUAUUUACAUAUAUAUUGUGGGAAAUGCACAUGAAUAUAUAGUGAACAGGUAAAAUUAGUCUGUAGGACUGAGGAAAAACAGUUUUUCCAUGAUCAGGAGGAAAUAAAAGAAAUAUAUAUAUAUAUAAAUACACACACUAUUUUAUCUUGCACACUUAUCCCUAAUGGGUUUUUAAGGAUCUUUUUGAGUUUUCCAACAGUGAAACUUAAGCAACGCUAUUUAUUUUCCGGAACUCCCCUUUACAAUGUUAACAUUUCAAAGUAUCUGUAGAGAUGGAGAGUGGUUCCAGUUAACUUCACCUAGAAAACUGUGCAAUAGCAGAUUGUAACAGUUUGCACACUUUGCGGCCUUCCAAUUAUUGGACUGACUCACAGCAGUUUGAUGGGUGCAAAAAGAGGAAUGGAAGGUAACCAAAGCCAACAAUUUCAAAUUGAUGUUUUCUACUUGUUCAAACAGUUUGAUUGGAGCAUACAGGAAAAACAACGUUGCUAUAGCUAAACUUUUACAUACGACAUGGUUUAACCCAGCACUUAAGUUGACUGAAAGCCUGACCUCUAGCUGAACGUCAACCAAGUUUCUGAUGAAGUAUAAAAACAGAGCAGCACCACUGGUUCAAACCUUGUUCUCAACAGCUUCAACAUACUAGGCAACCUCAAUACACAAUCAGUGUCUGACUCUAAUCUAGGGUCCAACUCCUAGCUACUAAUUAUAACACAAGGUAUUUAAAAUCAAACACACACUCUGUUUGGUAUCAGUGGUGAUUCUGACAUAAAAUGUUGCUCUGGGCUACUUUUAAACCAUGGACAAUUACAAGUGAUUGGUCAUUUUACCCAGAAAGCAGUGGGCUUCUUCAAGCUAAGCUAUAUUGAUAAAAUGCCUCCCAUUUAUACCUGUUCUAUCUUCAUACUGCAGGUUCUCUCAAAUUCCAGUCUCUUGUUAGAUCAAACAAAAGUAUUUCUAGUGUUAGUAAAGUUUAUACAUGAUUAAAUAACAGAGGAUUCAUUUUUGAACAUUUUCUUAUUUUGUCAUGCUCUAGCCACAUUAUGUGACAGAUCAACACAAAUUAGAGGAACAUUAUAAUAAAGAAAGGAACUGCUACAAGGUUUUUUAACUGUUCUAUAAUAAAUUUGUGAAGUAUAGCAUAGUUAUUAUACCCCCCAUAUGCAACUACCCAAUAGCUGAUUGUUUUUGAGGGACCAAGCAAAGACUCAUCUGACUGAUCUUGAGCUUUUUGUUGGGUAUCAUGUAAAAUUAAACAACAGAUUAUGUAAAACAUUGAAGUUUUUUAUUGAUUGUGAUGUGACAAAAGGUGAUAAAGUUCAAGUUGCAUUAUUAAUUUUGUAAAGCAAUGUAUAACACAUAGCAUACUAAUAUAAUCCUAUAACCUCCAAGAUAGCCACAGCUACACUUCAUUGGCUUGUUGUCGGGAGAUAUGCCUGUAUAAAACUUCCUGCUUGAAAGCUUUUGUGCUACUUAGAUUUCAAAAAAUGGGGUCUGUUGACAUGUUUUUACCACAUUCUGUGUUGUGGUACCAGUCCAGGUCACUUUGUCCCCUCUAUAGGGAUUCAUCUGCAUGUUUACAGCUUUAACUGGUUCUCUAGCCACAGCUAUAUAUGUUGCUUCGACUUGUAAACUGAUAAUCACUCUUUACUGUUUGAAGAUGCAUAAAUGUCUGUUUCCAUUAUCCUUUUGAGCUUUAUGUUGUCUUCUGAUACUGUCAUACUGUCUUGUUCCUGUAUAACAAACUCUUGGGAACAAAGAAAUAUCAAAUAAGUUUCAACAAGCAACUAUUUUUAAAUUGCACUGAUUUUGUAUUUGGAAGUCUAUAAACAUGGCCAUUAUAAGGUUUAUAAAUGUUUUGUUUCUGGUCAUGCUGCAUAAUAUCAGCUUAUCUCUGGUGAACUUUAAGGAACGCUGAAAUGUGAAAGAAAUUUUCCACUCAGAUUUUGCUGUGUGACAUAAUGAUGUCAUUACCCACACAGUCGUUUUACCUACUGUUGUGUGGUCAUUAGGAGUCUACUUGUUGAUGGAGUAGAUUAUGAGGAAAGGGGCGAUUAGUUAUAGCAUUCUGCAAGCAGCAGUGGCAGACUAUCUCUCCUGCAUGAGUUGUUUUUGUAUAAAGGUGCAACACGCUGCCCUAAAUGGGUUAUUUCAUGCAACAUAAAUGAACAAAGCCAACAUAAAGCUUUCCAUCCCAUGCUUGUGUGUAUGUGACAACUUAAUGUUCUGCAGAGAAAACAGGCUGGAUAAUGGGCAGCUGUUUUAUCACUCUCUCAGUGUGCAUCUAUUGGGGAAUUAAUCAUUCAUCUCCCAGCGCCUCAGAACACUUUCAGGGCUCUGUCGUCCACACUGUUGGGAUUCCUGGGCCAUUUUAACAUCAAGCAAAAUAUGCUUUGAUCAAAACCAGCCCAUCUUAACUGUGGCCGUAGGGAUUGUUGCCUUUCCAGACAGUGAACCUCCACCACAGUUUAGUCUGCUGCAGCCUUUUAUGUUUUUCCUUUCAGCUUCAUCCUGAAAUAUGUUUAUUUCUAAAAACAAUAAAAAUAACGUAAACUUCAACCAAUUUCCAUGCUUCUCUUGAAGAAAAGCAUCUCUUUAGCGUGAUACUGCCAUCACACCAUGUUUUGUGGUGUGGCAAAAGUGAAUUCAGGGUGAUAUUUUAGUGUUAGUGAUAGUUUUUCGCCGCACAUUACGGUAUGUUUUGUGCACAGGCCAAAAAGUUUCAUAUUAAUCUGGUCAGACUAGGGCACCUUCAAACUGUUUUUGUGCUUCUCUUUUAAAGGAGCUCAUGGUGGUGACAGCGAUAGGAGUUUGCCUUUAAGUCAUUUGGUUGCCAACUCAAUUCAAGCUGCGCCUGCCUUUAUUGCUGGAGUUGGUUGUUUUUGUCAGACUGCCCCAGGCUGUGGCUACAGUAAACUAGCUUGCCAUCAUCAGUGUGUGAAUGUGUGUGUGAACAGAAAAUGUCUGAUUUUGGCGCCUGAACAGCGCUGUGUAAGUUUGACUUAAUUUCAUGAUUUUGGCGCCUGAACAGCGCUCUGUAAGUUUGACUUAAUUUCAUGAGAUAGUCAAAUAUAUUUCCUCGUCAUGUCAUCAAACUGAAAUUGCCCUCAAAACAAAUUGCUUUCGAUCAGUUGUGUUAACUUUGUGAGAUUCAAAUGUUUGUGAUGCUUGUGUUUAUGUAGUUUGGAGGCUGCCUGUUGCUCUUUGGAAUACUUUAAAACAUUUGACAUGUCAAAAACAUUUUACACAAUUUAGUUAAAUUUGAUGAUGAUGGAUGGGAUUUCAUUUACGUCUGAGGGCUCCUUGAUCUUCACCACGCUGUUUGUUUGCUAACGUUCUACAACAAACUACCAAGGCUUUCGUGGAACAGCUGUAUUUAAGCUGAGAUCAAGUAUGCCACACUUCAGAUUUUUAUUUAAAAGCAAAGAAAAACCCCUACUUUUAUGCACAAAUACGCUCCUGUUGCUGUUCUGCUGCGUAAAAUAUGAAAAGAAAUUGAUAUCGCUUGUCAAAAUGUCAUACGUUGUAUUUGUUGAAAGAACACAGAGGAUGUCUCUUGUACUAAACAGCACACUUAGGAGACUCUACAUUGCGACCACCUGGUCCAUGUUUGUCUGCCAAACGCAGUGAGACAGAGAAUGUAAAUCAGAUGUACAACAUUGAGCAGAUUCUCUGCACAGCAUGUGUUUAUUUUCCAAGGAAAAUGAUAAAUUGUCAAAGAGAAAGACAGCUUUGCGCUACUUAGCUGUUAUUUUAUUGCUUUCACUGCCAGAAUCCAGAGUGACAACUGAACAGGAAUAAAAGAAGACACUGAACAUCAUGGACACGUUGACAAUAUGAUUGGUUUAAUCAACAGAACAUGAAGCUUUUGUUGCUUCUCGCCAUCAGAAGGCAACUUGGAAAUGAUAUAAAAUUGUUAAUACAUGCCUAUGCGUGUUUUUUUAAAACAUCUCAAUAUUUAUUGAAAAAUGCGAGACUAAAAAAAAUAUUUUUUUUCACUUUUCUACGUUCUGUUCAUGUAAGACCUGUGCUAAAGUUUAUGUCUGUCAUAGAUAACAGCAGCACUCAUCUCCUGUCAAAUUUCACUUGAGUGCUCCUCAAAGAAAAUAGUUGCCAUUAGUCUUGUCUUGCCAUUUAGAGGGGCUGAGAGCAACUUGUGCCCUCCAUCACCUGAAAUUAGAAGUUUGUGGGUUUGUCUGAUUUGCCGAGCGGUUUUCCUGUUGUUUGGUAUGGUUUGAACCUGCGCAGUCUGGUAUGGAUCAGAAUUGCCAACCUAAAACAACUAUGUGUCAGUGAAUAGUGCAGAAAAAGCACGAGUGUGACCGUUUCGUGUCCCUGUUGAUACAAGAGAUGUGCUUAUGGCUAUAUUAUAUAUUAUGACUGCUCCAGUGUGAUUAUGAGGCGUUACAACGGAAGAAAGAUCUGUUUUCAUUAGUUUGUUUUAUAGAGGAGCUUCUCUGGAUGUUUUCUCAGUCAGCUGUAGCAUCAUCUAGCCAGGCACAUGCAGCUUUCGAACAUCAGCCAUGGAAAAAAGCUUCAUAUCAUUAGCUUUAUUCAAGAAUAUCAAGCAGGAUGUGAUCACCUAAUCUAAUUACUGUGAGAAUUUCCUUUAUAAGAAAAUGUGCUGUUUUAACCCCAUAAUCAAUGCAUAAUAAAGUUAAAAUACAAAAAAAAUUAAAAAAAUGAAUCCAUGAUGUAGGGGUCUGUCUGACUUCCAUAAUUGAAUUUCCUACCAGCUGCAAAGGACUCGGUGAUCUUGCAAAAAUAUUAAUUUGUGGUAUUAUAAUGCAGAAAUAAUUAAUUACUCACACACAAUGAACUUCUAAUGUAGCUCAUCUGAAAUUAUUUUAAAAGCAACAAUGGGGCAAAUGUAGUCCGUCACGUCAAGCAACUUUUUAAUGAACCUAGUGCCGACACCUUUUGUGUUUUCAUAAUGUAACCGUGCAUCUCUAUUUUAUUUCACUGCUCGACCAUUACAGGUUUAAUUAAGCUAAUGAGGCAACAGAUAUUUCUCAGGAGUGGCUUUGAAGGAAAAUGAAAUCAGCCCCUCUGCCACCCCCUCUCCUCACGCUCCGCGCUCACUAUAAAAGACAGGGCAACGUUGGGGAUCUGCUGCAGGAGCUCGUGAACAAGCGUAAACCACAACGGCACUUUUAUCAAACUGACAAGAGACACUCCGACGCUGUGAUGUCGCCAACUCUUCUGGCUCUUUGCUUGCUGGUAUGUUUCCUCUCUGGCAGAGACGCUUAUCCAGUCAAGCCUGCCAGUCCCCGGGAAGGAGCUCCACCUGAGGAGCUUGCCAAGUAUUACUCUGCACUGAGACAUUAUAUCAAUCUCAUUACAAGACAGAGGUAUGGAAAAAGAGACAACCCAGACACUGUAUUUUCUGACCUGUUCGUGAAAGAGAGCUCAGAAACUCUUCCAGGAUCCAACUACAUAAGAUACGAAGGGCUCCCGGGGUGGUGAUUCCUCCUGCUUUGUCACCUCAGAAGAUGGUACAAUAUGUCUAUUACCAACAUGGAAGAAACUUGUGUUGCAUGAAAUAAACUUCAUUUGUCAGUCUGUC